AUGACAGAGUAAUUAAAUAUAGUAAUAUUUUUUUUAGGGAAAAGGAAACAAAAACAGUGCCUUUGGAUGAGAAUGAUAUAAAUUUAUUAAAGAAGUAUGGAAUGGGACCUUAUGCAGAAAAGAUAAAAGAAUUAGAGGAAGAAAAUAAAAAUUGUGUGACAUAAAUAAAUAAAAUGGUAGGAAUAAAAGAGAGUGAUACAGGAUUAAGUAUUCCAAGUACAUGGGAUUUGGUGGCUGAUUAAAAAUUAGCAGGAGUAACAAUUUGAUUGUGAAAUAAAGGAACAUCCUUUAACAGUAGCAAGAUGCACAAAAAUAUUCAAAUCAAAUUUAUAGUAAAAGGAUUUGUAUAUGAUCACAAUAAAACAUAUUGCUAAGUAUGUAGUUGGAUUAGGAGAGAAAGUAGCACCUACAGAUAUAGAAGAAGGAAUGAGAGUAGGAGUUGAAAGAUAGAAAUAUGCAAUCUAAUUGCCUUUGCCACCAAAGAUAGAUCCUUCAGUAACAAUGAUGACAGUUGAGGAUAAACCAGAUGUGACAUAUAAUGACAUAGGAGGAUGCAAAGAAUAAUUAAAAAAAUUAAGGGAAGUAGUUGAAAUGCCUUUGUUAAAUCCAGAAAAGUUCAUAACUUUGGGAAUUGACCCACCAAAAGGUGUUUUAAUGUAUGGACCACCUGGAACUGGAAAAACAUUAACAGCAAGAGCUGUUGCAAAUAGAACCGAAGUAUUUAUAGAAUUAUAAGUAGGCAUGUUUUAUUCGAGUGAUAGGAUCAGAGUUAGUUUAAAAAUAUGUAGGAGAAGGAGCUAGAAUGGUUAGAGAAUUAUUUUAAAUGGCAAGGACAAAGAAGGCUUGUAUAAUAUUUUUUGAUGAAAUUGAUGCAAUUGGAGGAGCUAGACAUGAUGAUGGAAAUGAUAAUGAUGUUUAAAGAACUAUGCUUGAGAUAGUUAAUUAAUUGGAUGGAUUUGAUUCCAGAGGAAAUAUUAAAGUAUUGAUGGCAACCAAUAGACCAGAUACUUUAGAUCCAGCACUUUUAAGACCUGGAAGAUUAGACAGAAAAGUCGAGUUUGCAUUACCUGAUUUAGAAGGUAGAGCAGGUAUUUUUAAAAUUCAUGCAAGAACUAUGAGCAUGGAAAAAAAUAUUAGAUAUGAAUUAUUAGCUAGGUAUUUAUAUAUUGUUAUUAUUUAGAUUGUGUCCAAAUACAACUGGGGCUGAUAUCAGAAGUGUUUGUACUGAAGCAGGAAUGUUUGCUAUUAGAGCAAGAAGAAAGGCUAUUAGCGAAAAGGAUUUAUUAGAAGCUAUAGAAAAAGUUAUUAAAGGUUACUAAAAGUUCUCAGCAACUUAAAAAUAUAUGGUAUACAAUUGAUUAAAAUAUUC